AUGAGAACGAGAAAGAGCACUCUGAGAAAGCAGAGCGAAGAACCUUGUGAUGGGCACACCGAAGGUGAAGGUGAAGGUGACUCUUCACAUUACGAGCAGAUUAGGGACCAAAGGAUCAAAGAGAACAUGGAGAGAAUGCACAAUCUCGGCUUAUUCAACCUCUCCCUUAAGCUCAAAGCCAAACCCUUUAAGAAGAAGAACAAAACCACACUUCACGUCAAACUUUCACCCCAGAGACGUUCUUCCAGAAUAAUGAGUUUGGCUCCAGUUAACUAUUCUGACAAUCGUCAUAAGGAAAAGAAGGAAAUAGAUAUUUUUAUAGCAGAAGGUGCAAACCCUGAAGUUUACACUGAAGAGCAGGAGAAGCUUCUGGGAGAUUGUGAGACUACUUGGGAAUUGUUUGUAGAUGGAUAUGAUGUGGAUGGGAACCGUAUAUAUGAUCCAAUCAAAGGAGAGACAUGCCAUCAAUGCAGGCAGAAAACUCUUGGUCAGCAUACUUCUUGCAACAAAUGUGAAUUACCCCAAGGGCAGUUUUGCGGAGAUUGCUUGUACAUGAGCUAUGGAGAAAACGUGAUGGAAGCCAACCAAAAUAGCAAAUGGAGUUGCCCUCCUUGCAGGGGAAUAUGCAACUGCAGUCGUUGCCGCAGGGAAAAAGGUUGGAUGCCUACUGGCAACAUAUACAAUAAGGUAUUAAAACUGGGUUUCAAAUCUGUGGCUCAUUAUCUGAUUAAAACGCAUCGCUCCGAGUUGGGCUUGGAAGGCUCAGGUGCUGAAAAUAGUGUUGGUGAAGAAAUAUCGGAGACAUCUGCAGAUACGAUGUUGAUUAGACCUACUCGCACGAGGAGGGCCUUGGAAUUUGGAAGGUAA